AUGGAAUAUGUUACAUACGUUGCAGACAUAGCUGAGAAGGAAGCUGAUGUUCAGAGAGUUACUAUGAGUGAAGAACCUGAAUUUGAAUUAACCGUAGACGAACUGGAGCAUAUAGCGCAUAUUUCACGCAUGGCUGAAGAAGCAUUUGGUAAUCAAACAUUACAAAGCUCUGAGAUUGAUAAGAAUUUGGUUAGAAAGGAAGAUCAAAUAAAUUCGAAUUAUGAAGAAUAUAAUGUGGAGGAAAAUGAACCGGAGAAGUUUUCCGAACAAAGUCAGUCUAGAACAAGUUCUGUAACGUCAGGUCCGGAUUCUUCACAGGAAUCCAUGGAUAUAAAAAUGAAUUCGAUUUUGCCUUCAGUUGAUAUGUUUGCAACUGAUGACAUGAAAUUUACAGAAGAUAUUUUAUCAACCGAAACAAUAACACCGGUAACAGAGAUGAUUCUACCUGGGAAAGUAGUUUCAAAUGCAGAGACUGUGUUAUCACGAACCAGUAGUUUCAUUGCGCCCGAAGUAGAAUGUCUUUUGUCAGCUAAGGACGGGUCCCUCAGUCAUUCGCAAAAAGAAUUCGCAUUUGAAGGACAAUUUGAACAACAGGCGAAACAAAUUGAACAACAUUGGGCACAAUCGAUUAUCGGUAAAUCUGUCUCAGAAUCAUUGAAGGAUGACUUCAGCAUCGGUAUUCAGAGAAAUGGUCAGUUGUUCGAUGACGGUACAAAUCACUUUUCGGAAAGUUGUAGAAGCAGAGAAAUAGCUGAGGAUGAAAAAAGCACCACGAUUAUCAGAGACGAAUCGUACCCAAUUCAAUCCCAAGACCCUCGAAUUCAACUUAACGGAAAAGUUGAAUUUAGUUUGGAGCAUUCGAACCACUGCUUCAUUGAUGGACUCAACGUCACUUCAACAGUAACUUAUACAGAUCGACUUUAUAAAAAAAUGGCGCGCACUCUUCGAUUUUCAGAAAAGAUGUCACACUAUGGAAGGGCUAACUUCUGGAAAACAUUUAAUAACGAGAAAGAUUAUUCCCCGAAAACACGUAUUGAAGGUAUGAAGUCAUCAUUUACCCGCGCUUCUAGUGUUUUUGUAGUUUACACUGAUCAAAAUUUGCUCGCUUCGCAAUCUGGAAUACCAGGAAAAGUAAGAAGGAACGACAGCGCAGGAAAAACACUGAGUCAUCAUAGUAAUACAGAAUCAGCUGCGACAAGCAAAGCUGAAAACUUAGGAGACAUCGGAAUUGACUCUGUAGAGCAAAGGGAUUUAACUUCUAACAUAACUGCAGUAAUGCCGGUUUUGCAAAAUAGAUGGGAAAGGUCUGGAGAGAUUUCUAGCCUUUCCGGAUCUCUGUUGUCAUAUUCCAUGUUUGCAAAAACGGACGAUGACGAAGGUAAAGAAUCGUUAAAAUGUUCCUCAACGUGGCUAUUGAAAAAUGAGAAACCUCGAGGGACUGUCCAAACAAAUGUCUUUGAACGCUGUGAACGAGAAAGCAUUGCUGGUGAUGGAUCCAUGCUGCAUCAUGCAGACUGCUUGAUGCGCCUCAAUUUUUUCGCAGAGCGGAUAACAGAACAAAUCGCCGAACUCGCUGCUGUGGAGUUAGGAAAUUGUUUCAGGGCUGAGCUUAAUCCAAGGGCUAGGUAUUUCUUACAAAUGCGUGCUGAUAUCGACAGCCAAGAGGAGUCAGCACCUAUUAUUCUUUCGGAAAGUGAUGAAGAAAUCGAAGGAAAGAUUACAUUGGGUCUAACUGAAAAAAAAGAGCCGCAAUCAGUAGUGGUGCUAGAUACCGGAUCGUCUCGAAGUUCACCCUGGUUUUCUCUAUUUGGAGGUAGUACGACUAAUGGAGAAGAUAGAUCACGUUCUCCAAUAUCAUUUCUCUGGCGAACAAGUCAUAGGCAAAGCGAUGCAUCGAGUCGAAAAAGUUCGCCUGAUGGAAGAAAUGAAUUCAUGGAUUUGCUCCGAAGAACUUCUGGAACUUCAAGCAAUGGUUCCGAUAUGAGUACAAAAUUACCUGAUAGCGCAUUAGCUGGCCUUUCAAGUGAGGAGCGUGAACAUAUUGAAAAAGUACUAAAUGCAGCGAAUCGACGAUCUCGAAGUAGCCAGUCAACACCAACGGCUUCUAGAAGACAAUCUAUUUACAAGCUUCCUGACAUGAAUGAUUUCGAAUUAUGUGAACGAGUACAUAUCGAAAGUGUUAUUGAAAAAGCCGAAAAAGCACUCCCAUUUGUUAUCAAAAUUACAAAUGCGGAUACUGUCAGAGAAGAUUCGGAUGAUGAAGAGAAGUUUGGCAGCACUGUUAAUCAAACAACAAGCAACACGAAUGAGCCUGAAGAAUCAAUAUAUGACAAAUCAAAAUUUUUACUUGACAAACCAACAGGAAGCGCUUCUUUAUCUGAAAGACUGGAAAAACAGCAAAAUGAGAAAAUUUUUGGAGAGGAAACACCAGAAACUAGUGUAAUGAAAGUUGAACAGGAAUCAAGUUUGGACGCAAAAGCUGAUCUUGAGAAGAGUAGGAGAAGUGAAGCUAACUAUGAAAUUUCAGAUGCAGAGAUGGAACAUAUUCGAAAAGUCACGGAAGCAGCUAUGAUAAUGGGAGCUGACAACCAAUGGAUAAGUUGGUCUGGCAAUGGUCAGAAAACUAUCAGAAAUUUACAGAAUAUGACAGUUGCCAAUUCAUUAAUAGCAAAUGAGACAGCAGAGGAAUUAAAUACUUCGGAGGAUCCCAACAGAGAUAGGAGAUCAGAACCAAAUAAGCAAGAUGUUCGAACCACGGUGGCUUUUUUUGUUGAAAGGAUGGAACUGGAGAAGAUAUUAAAUGCAAAAGAAAUGAUUUGUGAAGUACGCAAGCAGAAGGUGGAAAAUUCGGAAACAAAUGAAGCUGACGACAUGGGCGAUACAAAUUUGCUUCAAAAAUCACCAAGUUUUAAAUCAUUUGUAAUUAAAACGAAUCCUUUUGAGAAAGAAUUGAGCAAAGCAAAGUCUGUUGCCACAGAUAUGGAAGGAAUGAAAAUCUCUCAGAAUUAUGAGGGACUAGAGAAGAAACUAACUGAGGAGGUAGCAAUGCAUGUCGAAGAGCUUGAAGGACAAAUAAAAGAGCCGAAAAGAUUUGAGAAUCCUAUUCCGAGAGAAAUAAUGGAAACUAAGACUGUCAGUCUGACUGGUAAAGAGUUGGCACAAAUCAGGCUGAUUGAUGAACGGGCAAAACAAUUGGAAAAAUCAAAAUUUACACUUGAAGGAACAGAGAAAUACAAAUAUCAGGAAAUACAAAAUACUUGUAUGAUCGAUGAUGAAGAGUUAGGACAAACGAAAGUUGCUGGAAAAUGGGUAAAGGAACUGCAACCUGUUGACGGAUCAUUUUUAUGUAGAUCCAAAACCAACAAGCAGAAGAAAGAGAAGAAUGAAUGCUUGCUAAAAGAGUUGGAAGUAGAAGAAACAGCAAUUGUUGAGAAUCUAAAAGAAGGCAUCAACUUUCCCGAGAGGGACGCUCUGGUGAGUACCGUCGAAGGAAAAGCAAAGCAUUUAGAAGAAAAUGGUUUCUUUAAGAAAAAAGAAGCGGAGACUACACAGGAUGAAGAGGAAGAAAAUAACACUUUGACUGAGGAGGAAUUGAUGCAAAUACGAGUUGUGGAACAACGAGCAAAACAGAUGGAGGAAUUUUUCAUUUUUGAAGGACAAGCCACAAAAGUACUUCAAGAAAGAAAAAGAAAGGAUUCACACUUGGCAACAAGUAAAUUAGCUACUGAAGAAAAGCCUCAAAAUCAUUUAACUGAGGAAGAAUUGGAACAUAUCAAGGAAGUGGAGAAAAAUGCUAUUUUGCAACUCGAAAUGCCACUACAGCAAAAAGAUGCAGCAUUGGGUGAAGUUGCUUUCAAAAAAUUUGCUAGCAUGUUGAACCCAUUCAAGAAUAGUGUGAUUACGACGCUGUCCUUUAAAAGUAAUGUUGAUGAGGCAAAACUUUCCCAAAGCACUGAAUUUGCAAGAGAUGUAUCAAAAGCAAACAAGCAGAUCGUGGAUGAAGCAAUGAAGACAAUCAAUGAAGGCAAGGCGUAUUCUGAAAAUCAAAAUUUUAAAACCGAUGUACCAACAAUAAAGGAAACUGAUUAUACCCACAAUACUGAAGUUUUGGUAACAAAGAAGGAUUUAGCGUCCAUACAAGCAAUUAAUGAAUAUCCUGAAAACCAAGAUUUAGGAUACAUAUCCUCAAGUGAAUCAUCAGAUUUUGGUCCAGGAACAUCAGAUGAAGAUGAAAAUAUAGAUAUGGACAGUGUGAAGUCGUUCGACCUGUUUUCUGAAACAGUUCCUUCAAUUUCAGAAUUUAAAGGCGAUGGUUUUCCAAAAGUGAAGAAACCUUCAACGAAGUAUAGCACCAUCAAAAAUAGGGAAUUGUCGUUAGAAGUUAUCCCAAGCCCUAUUCACCCUAUUCAUACGGAGCUUUUGCCGAACAGCAGAACAGAAGUAUGCAGUCAUAGAAUACCACAAAAGGAACAGAUUUUAGACAUGACCUCUUCAUCUUUCACGAGUACAACACAAGUUUCUGUACAGUUAGGCACAAAAGAUAGUGAUACCGAUGAACAAACCGUUGAUAGAUUUGCUGGGCUAACAGAGGAAGAAAUUGAACAUAUUAAAAUGGUUGAUCUUCAAUUCGAACUUGAAAAUGCAAAAGAUAUAUCAAAAGUUUCUACACAUAAUGACGAGGAUUCAGAAGUUGAAGAUGAUUCAAAUUUUAUAAACGAAAUGGUUGCUAAUACUGAAGAAUAUGAACCACAAGGACAACAAGCCUUAAAUUUCAUUAACGUUGAUGAUGAAAUAAGGUCUGAUAUUCAUGUAGAUAUCGCAUCUGUAGAAAGUGAAAAGGAUUUAGUACACGAUACAAAUCAAAUACCGCUGAAGAGAUUUACUGCGAAUGAUAAAUUGCUGGAGCAGUCCGUCGAAAGGAAUUUGACAUCGAGUCAAAGAGGCAAGUCAUGGCAAAAUGCACAUACGGAACGAGAUAAUAAAGUGAAAUCGUUAGAGGAACUUGGCCGCGAAGUAAACAUCGGGAAAUGGUAUGAAGAGCGUUUAAGUUCGCUCAGAAAUUCAUUAUGUAUUGAAGAAACUCCUGAAAUUCCAGGUUUUGAUUUGAAAUUAUAUAAUUUGACGAUAAUCAUAACGAAAGGGGCAUUGUGA